UUGCAUGAAAUAAACCCUGUCAAAGUUCUCUUUGUGUAGGCAUUUGUUUAGUGUUAGUUUUGAGUGAACUGGCAAUGAGCCGAGCAGCUAGCUAGCAUACGCGGCUCCGUUUCAAGUACGAAAGAUAGAUUUGAGUCGAUUUGGACCCAAAUCGGUAAUAACAGCCGUGCAGUGUCUGUUUUUUGCUAUGUCUGCUUUGUGUUUUAAGACCGCGAACCGAGGAACCCAAAAAAUGCUGAAAAUAUCGGUUUUGAAGGUUGAGCACCCUUCUUGCCUCUGGGGUCGGGUCAUUCGCAGCCCCAGUGGUAACACUGAGAGUGCAGAACAUUACAACAAUCUGCAGACUCAAAUCAACCUCUUCUACCAAGAUGUCACUCUUAACUUGGACAAGCUGAAGCCCAAGUCAUUAAAGGAAGGACAGGUGUGUAUGGUGUACUGGUCGGUGAUGAAGACAUGGUGCCGGGCUGUGGUGGAGUCCAUCAUCACAGACUCUGUGUCCUGUAAAGUCCGGUGUCUCCUGGUUGACCACGGAGAAAGAGUCCUCAUACUCUCAGACCAAAUCCAAAUGGCAAUGCCUGAAUUUCUGCAGCUCCCUUUUUGGGUGAGGAAAUUCCGAUUAGCAGGGAUCAAACCAACAACUCUGCGAGUGUCUGUAUGCAUGGAGAAGGCAGAGCUCAUUCCAUCCAGUCAGUGGGACAGCUCUGCCACACUCUACCUGCACAAACUUCUGCAAGCUUCGACUCAGACAGAGGCUGUGCUGCUUGAAUCUGAGUCAGACUCCACCUCCAUUGAGCUCUAUGUGACCAUAGGCAACAUCAAGAUCUGCGUGAACGAUGACAUGGUGGCUAAGAAGUUUGCAUAUUAUGAUAGAGGCUCUACUGAGAGUGCUGGCAUGGAUGAGGGAGACCGAUGUCCUAUCAUGUUCAACAUCUUAAACCAGAUUGGGUCCCUGUCCCCUAACAUGCUGAAAGCACCACCUGUGGUGCCCACUGAUUCCGAUCUGGCUUUACCCUCAGUGACGUCACAGUUUCCCACUGCAUCAGAAGGAGUUGAUUGGCUGAAAGGUGACACUCAUCCAAAGAGCCAACAACCUGAGCUUGUGACCUCUGAGGGUGACUGUAGGUCAAAGGUCCCAGAAGCACAAUUGUUUCCAAGCAGCCAAUCGAUGAAUGGUUUGGACACUGCUGCAGAGAGGUUCCUGAAGUUUCUGAAUCCUGACCGCAUCUACCAACCUGGAGCUCCCCAUGUUGAUCAGAAUGAAGAGCAGAAUGACUGUCCAUCUGAAGAGAUGCCUGUUACUGCCAAUGUUCCUUGUCCAGAACAAGAACUCACUCAAAAAAGUGGCGCUGAAGAUCUGCUUGUGAGUGUUAACUGUCUGGCAGAUGAAGAAUCAAGCCAUUUAAGUAGAUCACAACAGUCAGGACCAGCAGAAGUAGAUGGGAAGAGGAGGACUGAAGAGGAAUGGGCCUGUUCACGCCUUUUGGAGUGGUUGAACCCAGAGCCUCCUCACCAUGAUCCUGACACCGCAGAUGAUUGGGUUAUUCCCAGUAAUGAAAGGAGGAAUGGGAUUCUGGUUCACUCUGCACUCCCAGUUGAACCCUGUAACAACCUGGAUGAUGCCCCCAUCACAGAUACUUUACGUUUGGGGUUGCGGAGGAAGCAAUACAGCACGUUGUCUCCAGCUGACCAGUACAGCUGGCCAGCAGUGGCUCGAGGAUGCAACACUAUCACAGUCUCCCACAACGCCGACCAGCCGCUCACUUAUCUCACCCCAUUUCUCACUCACAUUCUGCUCAACUCCAUCUUCUCCUCCCUCACCUCCAGCUCAGGGCCAAUAGCGGUGGUGCUCUGUCCAGGCUGGGAGAAGGUCCAGGUGGUCUAUGAGCUCCUGGAGGAGAGCAAAGUUGCCCAUAUUCUGCACCCUGUUGUUGUGCUACUGGGCACUGGCAAAGACGAGGCCAAAAGUGUCAAGAUCCCAAAAAACUGCCUCCUGCUGCUGACCACUCCUUUCACUCUGGUCCGACUGCUGUCAUGCCACUGCUUCUUGUUCCUGCGACUGUACCACCUGUUACUAGAUGAGGCUGACAAGCUUUUUACUCUCGCUCCAGACCAGAUGGAAACCAUCUUGCAGCAUUUUAAGAAAGUGACCUCCAGUGAGGACAAAGCUUCUUGUCCUCAGCAGUUAGUUGUUAUGGCGAAAAAAUGGACCAAUCACAUGGAGGGUUUGCUAGCCAAUCACAUGCCGUACUCCUGCAUUGUCAUUACUAUCCCUGAGGAAGCUGCUCUCUAUGGCAAUGUUCAGCAGAUCAUCCUCAUGACUUUUGAAAGCAGUAAGAUCUCAGUGUUGUUGGGUACGUUGGAUUUCAACCCUGACGUUGGCCAAAAGACUCUGGUUGUGGUAGACUCUGUUCAGGAAGUUGAAGACGUGUUCAAGGCUGUGAGCAACAAAUCAGCAUUCUGCCUCAAGACCCACGAGGGGAUAACACACCAGUUUGACUUUGUCAUCCAGCAGUGGAGGAAAAACAUCGGCCCUGGCACUCACGUUAUUCUGGUGACCACCAACAAGUGUCUGAAGGGACUGGACAUCAGAGAUGCAACGUGUGUUGUCCACUACAGUUUUCCCUCUUCACCCAAACUGUUUGGCAGCCGUCUCUUCUGCAUGGCUGAAAACUUCAGAAAUCUCUCAAAACGAGUUUGGCUCAAGGAGGAAGCAGAGAGCAGCCCUCAUGUCACCAGGUCAGUGCUGCUGAUCUCGGAGAAGAAUGCCCGCCAUGUAGUUGGGGUUCUGCGCUACCUGGGACGAACCAACGCCCCGCUUCCAUCGGAGCUACUGUCCUUCGCCCAGGGUGUGCACAUUGCACGGGAAGACCAAAAGACAGACCGCAAUCUCUGCAGCUACCUGAAGAGUUUUGGAGUGUGCAGAGACAGUGCUGUGUGUCCUGACCGUCACAGGUUCAACUCCCAGCUGGAUCAGUCUGAGCUACCUGCAUCUGGAGUCAUAGAAGCUUUACCUCUCUACAUUAAGACUGCUUCAGUUUUCUACGGUCGAAUCAGCAGAAAGGAGAAUGAUGAUUUUAACACGAUGGCUUCUAAAAUGGCUUCUUACUAUGCUGACGUGAAAAAGGGAGCCAAGGAGCUGUUGGAAGGGGGCUUAUAUGCCGUGCAGGAAGAUGAAGUUUAUCACAGGGUGAGGAUCCUGUCUGUACUGAAUGCAGGUGACCAUCUGUUUUUUGGCGUCCUUGUGCGGUUCAUUGAUGUGGGAAAGGAGGUUGAAGUCAAAUCCCACCAGAUCCUUCAUCUGCCAGAGCAGUUUCACUCUCUGCCCGCCCAGGCUGUGGAGUUCAUUGUCUGUCACGUCAAGCCAGUUGAUGCUGAGACCAACUGGCACCCCAAGGUCACCAGAGCAAUCUGCCAGAAGAUCCAAGGUCUGCAGCAUCAUGCCAGAGCAGUUCUCAGUCUAGGAAACACAGUUUUUCUUGAUCCUAUGAUCCGGAUCACCAAGGUGCCUGGUAUGAAAACUCAAAUCAAUGAGUACAGUGUCCAGUCUGAGAUCCUGAAAACAGGGAUGGGAGUUGGCAACCCAGAGCAUCUGAACCUGCUGAGGACUAUGUGCCAAGAGAGUCUGGCUGACAGCAACAAGGAGACAGGUCUCAGAUCUGAGCUGGAGGAUGGUUUGUUGUCUCUGGAGGUCAAGAUCAAAGCUGAGGAAGGAGUCCUGGCUGAAGCCUUCAGAGAUGCUGAGUGUAAGGAGCCUGCUGCUACGGACCUUCUUCACCUUGGGUCAUGUGAUCCUCUCAGUAAAAUAUCUUCAACAAGCCACUCUGUGGUACAAGCAUCACCAGAGCCUGAACUCUACCAUGUCCCAGUUUGUGAUCCAAAUUCCCAGCUGGAUAACCAGACAGACAAUGGACAGAGAACUCCUCAACCUGCUGAUAUGAAGUCGGAUGAACCUAUGGACAGGGAUAGAGAUGGAGAAGAGGUUUACCCAACAACCAGCUUGGCUGCCUGCAAAAAUGGCUUACCUGAAGAUGGUGAAAGCAACAGCCAGCAAGUCAUCAGCACAAAUGAAACAGACUCCAGGGAUUGGCCAAAAAGGUUCCACCCUGAAAUCCGAUGGUAUCAGACCCCUGACUCUGCAAUAUUAACAGUGAAGCUUAUAAACCCGGAGAGUCAGCGCUGUGAUUUCUACCCUGACAGAGUUGUUUACAGUGGCACAGUGAAUGGUAAGUACUACAGAGCCGACCUGGAGCUACACCAGAAUAUCGCUGCUGACUGUUGCAGCUGGGCAAUGAAGUCUAAUGAACCAGUUCUAAAACUGGUCAAACAGCAGCAGGGACACUGGGAGAGACUCCUCAACAAUAAGAGUAUUUUUGUCAAAUAUGAUAUGGAGCACUUUGAGGAGGAUGAAGACAAAACACCAAAUGGUCUGUGCUUUGUGGAGGACAUGGGACAUGAUAACUGGUUUGUGAAUUCAGAGAGUGGCAGUGAGAGUGACUGAAGAGAUAUUGCAUCACAUUUCUGUGAUGGUGAUGAGGUGGUUGUUAUCUGAAGUGGCAGACAGCUUGAUGGUGAAGUGUGCACUGUUGGGGAUAUUGCCUUAAGCAAUCAAAUAUAGUGAGCUGGACAUUGUGAUUUAAACAUUCCAGUUCAAAGUCUUUGAUACUAUUUCAUGUCAUGAAUAUACAAUGUUCAUUAGGAUUUGUCCAUGAAAAGACAGAACAGUUAUUCAUUUUUGUCUUUCUCAGACCUAGUUAGUUAUGAGUUAUUACCAUUCACAGUUAUGUCAGCAACAACUCUCAAAAUAACUGAAACACCUUCAUGCUGUACCCCAAUACAAACUACUGCCUCUAAAAUGACCUCUUGAAUAAGGUUGAAUAAAUUCACGUAUUGCA